AUGUCGGCCAAAACGAUUGCGCCACCGCAAACCUACUCGCGUUUGUUUCGUCCUUGGGACGGUAAGGAGGGAAAGUCGGCAGGAACUGCGUCGGAAGGGCGAGAGGAAGUGAACGCCGUCGGUAAAUUCCGUCCAGUUUCACGAGAUGAAACGGAAUCGGACUCAUGUUGCGUCAGUGAUAGUGAAAGUGAGCAUACGGUUAAGUCGGAACCAUCCACGGAUUAUCAUACAAGCCCAGUGAAAUUGAACGCGAGCUUCGAUCUAGGGCCACCGACACCAACCUCGGUCAACCCGUCCAUGAUGCACUACCCGUCGGCGGAUGUAGCCGCAUACUACCAGUAUUGCUAUCAGCAACAUCAGCAGCAACUGGCCGAACAUCCACUGCCUGGCCAUAUCCACGGCCUGCCGGAUACUCCAUCAGUUCUAGGUCCGUUUGGAGGACACACUGUUCCAGCAACGAUCGAUCCUUCGCUUGCCUUCACGUACGAUCAGAUGGAACAGGAGUACCUGCGAGUUCUAAGCGAAGACGCCAAGGCGAAACUGCUGGCUAGUCGCAAGCAGCGACCCAAGAAGUUCAAGUGUCCCCACUGCGAUGUGGCAUUCUCCAAUAACGGCCAACUGAAAGGACAUGUUCGCAUCCAUACCGGAGAACGUCCUUUCAAGUGCGACGACUCGAGCUGCGGUAAAACCUUCACCCGCAAUGAGGAACUGACGCGGCAUAAGCGCAUACACACCGGUAUCCGACCGUACGGGUGCCAGACGUGCGGCAAAAAGUUUGGCCGUCGGGACCAUCUAAAAAAGCACACCAAAACCCACAUGCCCCAGGAACGGUACACUUACGGGUUGGUACCGGCCUCCGCGGCAGCCGCAGCCGCCGCCGCCAUGUUAAUGCCAAUGUAUGCAACGCAUGUCUUUGGUUACUAA